UAAGAAUCUGAAUGCAUUUGUAAAUUGAAUAAAUUCAAACAAAGUGUGCUUUUGCUAUCCAUUAUUUAUACAAGUUAAAAUGGCUAGAAGAAUUGCUCAGUCGUCUGUUAAUUGGAUUGCUAUUAGUGAACGCGUUCCUGAAGCUAAAAAAGCUGCUUGUUUAGCUUUUAAAGCUAAAUCUGAUGGGUACCUCCGAAAAAUGUUUGCAUUAUCCCCAGAAGCACCUAAAAUUGAUUGGGACAAAUACAAGAAUGCUAUUCCUAUCGCUGGUUUAGUUGAAAAUUUUGAAAAACAAUACAAUGCCAUGAAAAUUCCAUAUCCUGAAGAUAAAUAUACAGCAUUUAUUGAUAGCUCUGAAAAAAAAACUAUGCAGGAAAUAGAAGAAUUUAAAAAGGUAGCUGCCUCUACUAUUAAAGAAGCAGAAUUAAGGAUCGAGGAAAUUAAGAAUUUGUUGCCAUAUUCCCAAAUGACUUAUGAAGAUGCUGCUUAUAUUGAGCCUGAUUUGACAUUAGAUCUUGAAAACAAGCCAUCAUUCUGGCCUCAUCAAGAAAUUGAUUAUGUAUUUGACGAGCCACAAGAAGAAGGGUUAGAAAAACAAAAAAAAGUUGAAGCUGGUCAUUAAGUUAUUCAUUUGUUAGUUACAUUAUAAUUUUACCCAAUUUUCAAAAAAAAUGUUGGAAUAAAUAUUUAUAUAA